CUUCAGAGGCUUUUACCUACUCAAUGAAACUAUUAAUCAAAGAUAGCAGUAGUAAGACGUUAUGAAGGAACAGUUUUGGUCUUCGAUUGAUUGUUCUAUCAGAUGAAAGUAUUGAGACGAGCUGAACGAUAGAUUCCACAACAUCCAGAGUCUGGCCACAACAUCCGGCACAGUCGCAAGUCUCUUUCAUCCAUUACGUUGGCACAAGAAAGUCCUUUAAUCACAACGAAUCCUACAAGGUACUUAACAGUAUUCGUCUUUAAUUUUAUUAACUUUUCGUCGAUCAUCGUAGAGCCAUGCAUCUUCGACGAACGAGACCCCAACAGCUGAUUGCUAUUUUAUUGGUGACCCUUUUCAUUUGUGUCUACUUGGUGACGUGGCCAAGUGCCGCUCUCAAUCAAGAAGAAGAUCAACAGGACAGCCUUGCUGGUCCGGCAACAUUAUCGGCUGCCCAGGAACAUCUGAACAUCGUCCGAUACGAGGACAUGGUCAGAUGGGGACGCAACAACAAGACAUCAUCCCCAUUCUGGGCAUCUUCCAUCCUAUCGGACGAUAAACGCAUCUAUUUUCACGAGACCACAGGUCGUGAUCGUUUGAAUUUGCGCCAAUUGUGCGCUGUGGAAUCGACGGCCAAAGAGAACCCUGGCCGAUCGGUCCAGAUCUUUUUUCAAACGGACCACGUCAAUUUAACGAGCGGUCCAUUCGAACUGAUCUUGAACACUUACCCAAACAUCGCCGUAGUUCUCAUCAACGCUAAAGACUACUUUGCGGCAACGCCGUUGGAACGUUGGUACUCUCGCGGUGUGUGGCGAAAGAGCCCUUACAAAACGGAGCAUUUCUCCGAUUACAUCCGCAUUCUCAGCUCGUUCAAAGGCGGAGGAAUGUACAUGGAUUUGGACUUUGUUACGCUCAAACCUUUCGAUGCCGACAUCUUUUGGAAUUUCGUUCCUGAAGAAGACGAUGGCGUUCUCACAGGCUCUUCGUUUCAUUUUCAAAAAGGACAUCCAAUCAUCCGCAAGAUUAUGACUUACCUGGCCUCAUCGUACCAUCCGAAAGAAUGGGCGUAUUCGGGUCCGGCCAUGAUACAGUCGGUUGUGCUGAAAUAUUGCCACACUAAAUUACCGGAACCGACGUAUCCUCUUUUUUUAUGCCCGCAGAUCAAAGUGUUGCCUAAGAAAUACUUGUACCCGUACAAGUUUGCCGAUUGGAAGUGUUUCUUCGAGACCAAUGUGAGCAGCAGCGACCCGAUUUUCGAAAGCUACGCUGUUCACACGUACAAUAAAUUGUCGAAAAAGAGCCUAUCCUUGUUGAAUCCGAUCAAUUGUACAGUCAAAUCGCCCGCGUUCAUUGUCCGCUGACCUACGCUCACGCACUUGCCGAUCUGGAAGUGGACUUCUUCU